GCCCACCAAAUCAGCUAAUGCGCUGCUCGCUACGCAGCCCGGCCCGGUUAACUAGCGCUAGAGCGGCUGAAGCCAAGACUAGCGAUCGCAAAGCUGCAACCGAUCGAUCAGGCGUAGCGUCGAGGAGAGAGCGGCCAAUGUAAAUUUCGUUCUGGAUUGCACUCUGUUUUCCACCUUUUUCACCGAAGUGAAUUUAUAACAUCACACAGAGCGUAGUGAAGUGUUUUCCAAGAUGGGAGAUAAUCAAGGACAAGUUGAACAAAUUCAGCAUAAGCUGAAGUUAGGCACCAAGUUCACCAAGAUCUCUCCUAACAGUACCAAGAAGCACAGCAGAAACUUCACACUGACUGAUGAUGCUUCUGCUCUUGUCUACACCCCGUCUAAGAAGGCAUCACACAAAGCAUCAGUGUCCCUUUCAGAGAUCCAUGAGAUACGAAGUGGACAUGAGACAGACACAUUCCGCAUCUCAAAGAACAAAAGGAAAUAUGCCAAAGAACGUUGCUUUUCUCUCAUCGUCGGCAAAGAGAAUCACACCGUGAAUCUUGUAGCGCCGAGUCAGGAUGACGCUAGGACAUGGGUCAUGGGAUUGCGAUGGCUAAAGAAGAAGUCGCAGCAUAUCGACAUCCACGCUAAACAGGCCGCAUGGAUCAUGGAUGCCUUCAGACGAGCAGAUGUUAAUCAGGAUGGAACCGUAGACCUUGACGAAUCCGUCAAACUUCUCAAAACAUUGAACAUCAAGAUUGAGAAGGCUCACGCCAAGAGAUUAUUCCAGUUCGCCAAUACAAAGGGGGCUACGACAAAGAAAGGAAAAGUAAGGACCGAUGCUCUCAGUGAAAGUGAGUUUGUUGAAUUCUAUCGUGUCAUCACACGCCGUCCAGACUUACAAGAGAUCUUCAAAAAGUAUUCUGGUGAUGAUGAUUAUUGGACACCAGAGGAGUUUGCUGAGUUCAUGCAUGAAGAACAGAAGAGGUCAGAGGUUACCCCAGAGUGGUGUGCAAAAAACAUUGAGAAGUAUGAACCCAACCAAGAGCUCAGAGAUAAGAAGAUCCUCACUAUGGAUGGUUUCCUCUUGUUCAUGAUUGGCCCUAAUGGACUGGUCUUCAAUCCAUUCCAUGCAAGUGUCUACCAGGAUAUGAAGCAACCACUGGCUCAUUACUUUGUCAAUUCAUCCCACAACACAUAUUUGUUGGAGGAUCAGCUUCGAGGACCAAGCAGUACAGAAGCCUACAUUAGUGCAUUGCAAAGAGGAUGCAGAUGUGUAGAAUUGGAUUGCUGGGAUGGACCCGAUAAUGACCCAAUCGUCUACCACGGUCACACCCUGACAUCCAAGAUCAAGUUCAGAGACAUCAUUGAAGUGGUAGACAAAUAUGCAUUUGCUGCCUCAGAGUAUCCUUUGAUACUGUCCUUUGAGAACCAUUGCAGUGUGGACCAACAAAAGGUGAUGGCACAGAUCUGUACAUCUAUUCUCAAAGACAAGCUUUACACCAAUAACAACCUUCACAAUGCAGCAGCAUUCCCAUCACCAGAGGAACUUAAAGGAAAAAUCCUUAUCAAGGGUAAGAGGCUUCCCCCUUCAACCACAGCAGAGGAUGAUGGUGAAGUCAGUGACGAAGACGAGGCUGCUGACAUCGACACUGAAGAUCCUCAACUAAAGGCGGAGCUGGAGAAGAAGAAGGCAACUUCCAAGUCAAAAGACAAGAAAAAGAAAAAGCUGAAGUUAGCCAAAGAACUGUCAGAUAUCGUCACUCUUGCCAGUGUCCACUACGGCUCUUUCUCUUCAUCAAAGGAGAAAUACAAAUGUCACCAGAUGUCUUCCUUUGCCGAGGGUAAAGCAUUCAAUUUGGCCGAGGAUAAGGCUCAGGACUACGUAGAGCACAACAAACUCUUCUUGAGUAGAAUCUACCCCGGUGGUCUCCGGACCAACUCUUCCAACUACAACCCUGUUCCUAUGUGGGAUGUAGGUGCCCAGAUUGUUGCUUUGAACUUCCAGACACCUUGUGAAGAAAUGGAUCUCAAUCAAGGAAAGUUCCUUCAGAAUGGCGCGUCAGGAUUCAUCUUAAAACCGGUCUUCCUUAGGAAACCAAACAUGCAGUUCAACCCAUCCAAGCCAGGCGAUCAAUACACACAGCAUGUAUCACUCACUGUGAUCAGCGGUCAGCAGCUGCCCAAACCCUCUGGUGUCAAGGAGGUCAUUGACCCAUAUGUCAAGGUCUAUAUCCUAGGAGGAGGGGCCAAGCAGGAAUUUAAGACAGAGGUCGUCUCAGACAAUGGCUUCAAUCCCACCUGGAACCAACAGUUUGACUUUGAAGUCAAGGUACCGGAGCUAGCCCUGGUCAGAUUGGUGGUACAUGACUACGACAUGGCAUCGUCCAAUGAGUUCAUUGGUCAGUACACCUUCCCACUGGCAUCAAUGCAACUUGGCUACCAUCAUGUCCCUAUAUUGGGAUCAAAGGGUGAUGACCUUAUGCCGGCCAGUCUCUUCAUACACACCAUGGUUAAUACAUCAUAGAUCUAAGGUGAAAGGCCAUGUUGGUAAAGAAGUCAACCUUACUCUGGACUUCCUUCCUCAGCCAAAACGUCCUGUUAUGAUAUUUACAAGACCGCUCUCUUUCUCUUAUAAUUAACUAUGCAUGAUAAUGAAGGAUUAUGUUUUCUGAAAUCAUGUCUGCUAAAGUCUAAUAUUAAACUGUGGACACAUGUGAAUUAAAACUGUUAAACAACUACUGUCAUAAAAUCAUUAUGUGUUGCCUCAAUGUGUAACCACAUACAAGCUUCAAUGUCUUGCUAUGUCAUACACUGUACGUCAUGCAGCCAAAGGGUACAGACAUUCAGCAGUCUGCUUUGCAACUAGUGCUACUAUAUAUACUUAAAAAUUCUAAGGUUUACAAAUUCCAACUGCCCUUUUUUAAAUCGUGUAUUUUAUAAUAAUGCAGUUUAAUAUACAUGUAUUUUUUUUAAAUGUGUAAUGUGGAAUUAAGUCAUUUUUAAGCCAUUUUUAAAAGCAAAUAUUCCAUUCCAUGUAUCAGGGUUAUGUCUUUCACUUUUUAACAAUAUUUUGUUAUCAUUCAACUUGUAAACAGAUUUCAAAUUAUGAAAAAGAAAUUCCAAGUACUGAGUAUUGAAAACUUCGAUAAUUAUUUAAGAGAGAAAUAUGAAAUUACUUUAAUCAUGACAUCAACUUUUUUAAAGGAAAAUUUAUCUUAUUUCUCUGUCAUCUGAAGUGCAAUUUAUGUUACAAAGAAGACCAUGCAAAUUUCUUUCGCAACCUGAGAAAAUUUUAGAUGUGCUUAGAAAAUUAUUUGAUAUGCAUGUAUCCAUAUUUGAGAAGUUUUAAGAUUUUAGAGCAUGUCUAUAUAUUUUCAUCAUUGUUUAAGAAAAUUACAAAUUUGUAGAUUUCAACUUUAAAUUACAGGUACAUAAAAAAGCUUGAACAUUUUUUAAACUUGUAUGUACAUAGUGAAGAUUUUCAGCAUUUUUAAAGAUUUAUCAAUUUUAUCAUUAAGUUUAAUGUAUAUAUUGACUUGAGUUAAAGACAUUUUAGUUUGUACACAGUUUGUAAAUUACACAUUACUAAAUCUCUUUUAAAUUCUCGGAUGAAUCCUUCUGAUUUUCAAAGGAAUUUUUUCAUAGGCGUUGUCUCUUUGGAGAUCAGGGCUGGUAUUCAAUUCAAUACUUGGAUUAAGCAAAACUUAUACUAAGCAUAUCACUUGCUGAGAAAUAUUACCUAAAUCAUAUUCACUUCAUUAGUUAUUGUUAUACUUUAAGCCAAGUAUAGGCAAAAUUCUUACUAAACAGCAUUGUGAUUUUACAUUGCUGUUGCUAAAUAAUGCACAAUUAACGUGCCUUACUAAAAUUCUUACUUGAUUAUUCUACACAGCUCAGAAUGACUGUGAGCAGAGAAGCUUUUAUUUCAGAAAAAUAUUUGUAAAUUACUAAGUUUUUCCAGCUUUAGUUUUGAAUUAAAUCCUUUUUGAGCAAAUUAAACUUGAACUUGAAUUAAAUACCGGUCCUAAAAUGUCUUUACAGUGAUUGGAAGUUAGACAUUAUCAUUACUGCCGAUCAAUACUCUCCUUUUUGAGGAAAAAUAGAUGGGUUUUUUGUCAUUUGUUUCAAUUGUUUGCGUAAUUCCACUAUUGAUUUCGGAAUACUUUAUGUAGUCAUAGUGUCAUUAUUGUCUUUCAUUCUAUACAGUAAAUAUAGUGGACCAUACUUUGAAUAUACCUGUGCUCCAUUCACAAAAAUCAGCCAAGAAAUGAAUAAGAAAAACAUUCCAUUGUUUUCUAUAACAGAGCUAUAAUUCAAAAGGAAAUGUCUUUACAAUGAGAGCAUCUGAGAUUUUUUCUUUUUAUCAUUUUUAUCAAACAAGUCUUCCAAUGCUAGUUGCUGCAGGAAAAAGGUAGUAGUUGGCUGCUUUCAAUGUUUCCAAUGAAACGGGUAGGUAGAUUGGGUUCACUCUAACACUCAAGCAUUCAAUUAACUAUUUUUAAAUACGCAUGUGAGACAAUCAAAUGUUGGUAUAUUGUACACAGUAAACUCCUAACUAGACCUGUUGGGGUGUGUAAAAUUUUAAUGUUGGCCGUUCUGAUUAAUACUGCGAUUCGUUAUGAUUGUGUCGAAUAUGCUUUGUAGGGGCAUUAGAAAGAUGUUUGAAAUUAUUUUAAAAAGCAAUAGAAUAUGUAUAUGUAUUAGAUACAUUUUAUAAUAUUUUAUCAAUUUCAGUGUUUUAUAUGGUAUUUUUAAUGGGCAGAAGUCAAUGUGGAGAUUUUUAUGGUAAUUAUUGCAUGACCCAUUUCGAUAUAAUUAAUUAUGAUUAAUACCUAUUUAAACCUAUUCUAUGCAUGUAAAUUAUGCAAUAUAUAGCUCUACUGGAAAUGAGAUAACUUGCGGUUCAAUAUGAAGGGAUCUUUGUACAUAAAUGUGUCUAGUCAAUGAAGAAAUCAAAAUCACUAUGAAAGCAUUUUAAGUAAUAAGAGUACAGUAAUUCAUGUUUUAAAAUUAUUGUUUUUGUGGGUAAUUUCGUGACUUGACAGGAGUUUGCAUUUACAAAUACAUUUAUUUUAUUUCUUCAUUUCUAUCAGAUAACACAUUUUUUCAUAACUCGUCCAUUUUCUACAAAAUAAAAGAAAAAAUGAUUAUUAGAGAAGCAGACAUUCACAUUGAGACAAUAAGUUCUUACAAUUAUGCAACAAUCACGUUUCUUUAUUUGUAAGACUUAACUUAAAAUAUUUUAUUAGUUCUAUCCCUCAAGGUUAAAAAUCUUUUGUGCCUAUCUGCUGCUUUUACAACAGUAUUCAUUCAAUGUGAAGUCAUAUUGCCUGGAUCUUCUAAGUGAAAAGUCUAUUUUACUGGGAUUUUCAUCAAUUUGACCACCAUUCAUUUUGGUACGAUAACUACAGCUGUUGCGAAGCAGGAUUGAUUUGGUAUUAAAUGACAUGUGAGAUCAUCUUAAA